UCCCUCUCGCUGCAGUCAAGAGGAGAGUGAUCAAUCAUUAAAAUUGUCAUGGGCUCUGGGAGUGAGAUUGUCAGGAAGCCCACCUCUCCUGGAGACAUGCUUAACUCAUGUUGUGAAAAAACCUGCUGAGUGUGAGAGAGCUGCUAUUGUUGAGUCCCAUCUCUAGCCUUGUCAUUCAUGCUAACAAGCCUCACCAACAACACCGACAUCAAUGAUACUAGCAGUGCCUUUCCACAGACAAGGCUAGACAUGAGUCAGACUUGAAAAUGCGGUGCUUGUUUGCAACACUUUGCAGAUGAGGUAUCUGUGCAAGUGAAAAACUCCUAUGCAAUUAAAGAUUAAUUUCAUGAUUUCUCAGCAAUGGGAAGCUUCGGUUGCAUUUUAGUGACAUCAGACUAUUCAGAGUCAGAACAGAGACAUCAGUUGUCUGAAUGGUGCCCUUGCUGAUUUUUGGCUUGUAUGUUUUUUCUUUUCAAACCAAGACAUUGUUGUCUGUAGAUUCACCAUCACCUCACACAGAGGCAGACAAAGACAAAGUCUGACUCCAAUCUCAAACAAAGGAUCAAUUCAGACACAAUAUUCUCCAUAUGUAGCACAAGGCCAGGCUAUGAAUCCUCAAUGACGGGGAAAGGGGUGACAGGUCUUACAAUGACCCUUGGAACGACCUUGUUCAGUAACAUUUCACAUCCUGCCAGUGUUUCUUCUCCCAGGUGUGGUACAAUCUCCCCCCUGCGCUGUCAGAGAGCACUGUCCAGAUCCAUGAAACCAAUCAUUCUUCGGCAUCAUGAAAACAGCAUCUGACAGCCAUGGUCGCCAUGGGCGUCCUCCCCUGUGACCAUCCUCAACGGGGGACCAGGGAGGUAGGGAUGCACUGUGUGAGAUGAAAAGCUGGGAGACGCUUUGAUGGAUGGUGGGCUCCUGCAAAACAGAGCAAACAGGUGGAUGAUAUACAUGACCUGAAAGCUGCUGAUACAUGUAAAAACUGAAGAUGGAAAAGAGAAGCCAAAGAAAUGAAUAAAAGAAGUGUGGCAGAUAAGCUACCCUGAUGCAGAAACCUCUCAAAAGUCCUCACUACUGACACAAUGAUGCCCUGAAACUGAGAACAAACUUUCACUUUAUUCUAAGAUAGUUAAAUCUCAGAAAUCUCAUUUCAUGCUACCACCUAUUUAGACUGAUUACAUUUUACUACAUGUGUCUAAAUAACACAGAAGUUGCUUCAUAUGGUGUCAGUAGCAACCAGAUAGUUUGAGUCACUGAUUCACUGACAGUGCUAGAUGAAGAUGGAGAGAUGGUAUUGCGUCCAGUAAUUGGACAGUGCUGAAUGAGCUGUUGUGUUAGCAGCUUGAUCUCUGGAUGACUGAAGGCAGAUAGCAUUUUAACUGACCAACAGAUGCACACUAGACAUUUCUAGAUGUGCAACUGCAGAUAGCAAUAGUUUGAAAUUUUAUUGAGCGUGUGGAAGGCCAGGUAAUUAGGGUAGAUUAGUUCGUACAAUGAAUCCUAGAGACAGUGUGGAGAUGAUGGAGACCCAGGCAGUAGGUCAGAAAGAGAAGCUAGCUGGAGACAAAGCCAAGCCUGGAAACAACGUUGAGGGUGAGGAUGACAAAAUACCUGGGGCAUACGACUGCAACAUUUGUGGACGCAGCUUCCCGUUCCUCAGCUCUUUGUCGCAGCAUAUGAGACGCCACACGGGUGCACGCCCUUACAAAUGCCCCUACUGUGACCACAGGGCCUCUCAGAAGGGCAACCUCAAAGUCCACAUCCGCAGCCACAAACUAGGCACGCUCUCCAGCCACCACUCCAAUGACGAUGAAGAGGGAGGAGCCGAGGAGGAGGAGAUGAGUGUUUCAGAGGGUCUUGAUGGAGGCACAAGUCCAACCAAGAGCAGCUCAGCCUGUAACCGGAUGAUCAAUGGGGAUAGUGCAGAGGAUAGUCGGAGGAAAGUGCCUGUGAGGAGCAUGAAAAGAGAGAAGUCCGUUACUGACCAGCGGCCUUACUGUUGCCGUCUAUGUGGCUAUGAGGCCCAUCGGGAAGACCAGCUCCUCAGCCACAUCGAGAAGGUCCACAUCACUGUAGACACAGAGGAGGAGACCAAUGUUAAGGAAGAGGCUGUGGCCGAACCUGAUGUCAUCCAACCCCAGAAUGAUGGGACCUUUCCUUGUGAGACCUGUGGCCAGGUCUUCACUCAAGCCUGGUUUCUAAAGUCACACAUGAAGAAACAUGCAGGGAUCCUGGACCACUGCUGCCGUAUUUGUGGACGACGGUUCCGCGAAGCUUGGUUUCUCAAAUCUCACAUGAAAACACACAACACCAAAUCCAGGUCACGGCCAAAAUUAGAUUCUGCUGAACAUCCAGCCACCAUCAAUGAUGUAGCCCAGGAUCCUGAUAUUGUUACAGGCUCUGUUACAUCCAUCUAUCAAAUGUGUUCCAAAUGUGGGAACCUGUUUCACAACAGAGAAAGCCUGAGGGCCCAUGAUAAAGUCCACAGUCUCAGCUCUGACAGGAAAUCCCAGAACCAGUGCAGACCAAGUGAUGAUGAGGACUCACCAGCUGCUAAAAGACGUUUCCUUGACUACUUAAACCUCCAGUGUGUUGAGGAAAAGACUCUAGAUGAAGAGGAGGAGAGGGAGAAGAAGAUGCUGGGUCAAAGAAUCCCGGAGCUUGAUCCAGUUUGCAGCUACCAGGCCUGGCAAUUAGCCACUAAAGGAAGAGUUGUGGAGCCAGUGGAGCCUAGUUACAAGGCCUCCUAUGGGGGAGGAAGUCUGGGGGAGGAGGCCCUUGCUGGAGCUGCUGUAGUUUUUGAGAAAGAGAGCAGCCGUUAUGUUCUGCAAGGCCAAGAGAAACGCAGCUCGGGACGACGCAGCAGCUCUGGUUUGGGAAGCCACGCUUCUUCAGGGGACCGGACACCAGAGAGCCUCAGCGACUCUGAGUACAGACCUUCGUCUCGCCAGGACCGAAGACGAUCAUCCCAGUCUCAAGCCUCUUCCAAAUCCAAUGAGUGCUUUGAGUGCGGGAAGGUCUUCCGCAGUCGUCAUCAGAUGAUUGUCCACCAGCGGGUCCACAGGAAGGAUGGAGGCAGGGCAUCUGUCGGAGAGAAAGAAAGAACCGCAAGAAACGACAGAUGGGGCUCCACCAGUGAUCCAGAGUCAGGCUCGCCAAGCCGGCCCAGCACCCCGGGGUAUGGAGAUUCUCCACCAGCCUCCACCCUUGGAGACCAGGCAUCCGAGAUGGGCACCGCAAACUCAGGAGAGCUUGCAGAUGAGAAGCCUUACAUCUGCAGCUUGUGUGACUUUGUUACAACCGAGUCACAAGCCUAUUUGACUCAUGUUCGUGUCCAACACCCGGCUGCCCCUGGAGACAGACCCAGCCCCAUUCCCAGCCCUAGCUCCAGCUCUGACAGAGGCACCCCCAGUGGUUACCCCAAGUUGAAGAAAGCCCUUCUUCAUGGGCUGAACAACUCCACAUCUUCUUCUGCUUACCUUUCCGCUCGAUCCUCACCACUUGAUCCCAGCAUGACCCCAGUGGAUCUAUGUGUGAGGGCUGAAGGCCACAGGGGCACAGCCUCAUCAAACCUGGACAGGAAGAUCCUACCUAACCAUAAGUGCUCCUUUUGCUCCCACUCCACUCGCUACCCCGAGGUGCUGUGGAUGCACCAGACUGUGGCUCACCGCAUCAACAGCAGUAGCUCCAAUCUGGCUCCUAAAUGGGCCCUGAAAAACAGCUCCAAGGGCUCCAGGGACAGCUUGUUAUCCUCCAAGAGACGCACUGGUCCCCCACCAGUCCUGGAGGGGAAGGAGUGUCCACCACUGCCACCACUGAUGCGUGCCCAACGUACGCGCCCCCCGACCUCCUCCAACGAGGCACUAAAGAAGAACAGGCCAGGCAGUCAAGCAGCUACGCCGUCAUCAUCCUGUUCCCCCUCCUCCUCGCUCUCCAGGGGCUCCUCAUCCACCCCAGGCACCCAAGCUGGGAGAGUCCCUGUACGACCAGGCAGCAGCAGCAGCAGCAGUAGCAGCAGCAAUGUCAGACACAUGGAGAACCAAAGUCAUCCUUCUCGCUUCAGACCCAAAGUAGAUAUAUACCCUCGGGGAAGCUCAUUGUCAUCUUCCAGCUCCUUGGAGAAGAGCACUGGCACCCUCUCACGUUCCUCAGCCCCAAGCCCCAGCUCCGCUCCAGCUUCCAGGAUGGCAGACCGCUACUUAAUGCCUCAGGAGGGCCUGGGUUUCAUGUUGUCUAGCAAACAUGGCCUAGCAGAGUACAGCCGAGCCAGGGGUUCCCCUCAUCAGCCACUUCCCAACUCCCAAAGCCAGGGCCGGGCUAACGCUACAAGGCCUAGCACCAUCAUCCAUAGCUCCAUAGCAGGAAACAACUAUGGAGCUUCCCAGGCACAUGGAGGAACUCUGCAGAAUUCCUCCUCCUCCUCUUCUUUGCCUUCAGAAGCUCGUGGAGAUGUGAAGCAGGAACCAAUCGCAGAAACACCGGAGGUGCCAAGUGACAUCCUCAGCUUCCUCAAAAGCCCCCAUGAACUGGCUGCCUUCUACCACCGCUGGGGUGCAGCCAAUGCCCUCUUGGAUCCCACUGGGAUGCUGAGGUCUCUCAUGCGGCAGGGACAGUAUUUCUGUCAUGAGUGUGGAAAGAGUUUCAGUCAGCCCAGCCACCUGCGCACUCAUAUGAGAUCCCAUACAGGGGAGAGGCCAUUCUGCUGCCAGCUCUGCCCAUACCGAGCCUCUCAGAAAGGGAACCUAAAGACACACGUCCAGAGUGUCCACCACAUGCCUUUUGACAACAGCCAGUACCCAGACACAAGGACCUUGUUACUGAGCCAGGAGGAGCAAGGAGCACUGGCUGCCAAACACCCACCAACAUCACAACAACAACAGCAGCAGUAGACCCUCUUUUAGACUUGGAUCUGGACUUGGGACCAGACUAGUCAGGGAAUUAUACAACCUGAAAACACCGUCAUCAUUUCUAAAAACUGGACUGCAACUAGGACCCAAGAGUCAUGAUUGACUUUUUUGGUGACGAGCCUGCGCACCUUUUCCUCUCCUCUCCCGACAUCCUUUAAUGACCAGUGAACUUCAAAGCUUUUUCUACCAUGAAGGUUCUUGUAGUUUAUGGAAGUUGUUUUAUUUUUUAAAAGAAAAACUAGAUAAAGCUGUUCUAAAAGAUUUCAAAAUCACAAAAUGGUUCUGCAGCAGAGAAGAGUGUCUUAUGUCUUAAUGGAAAGAAUUUCUGUGGUGAAGUUCUGCUGUUUGAAAUUCAGGUGUCAGGUGUGCACACAGGUGGGAUUUUUUUUCUCCAUGCAGAAGAAAUGAAGAGUGAAAUAUAAAGCAGGAAAGCUGGACUCACCGACUUUCAAUCUUUUGCUUCUCUUAGUCUUCUUUAGUAUGAAGGUUGGCAGAAAUGAGCAGGUUGUGUGUAGUUUACGUCACCUUAAAGGAUUUCUGAAUAUAGAAGCCCAUGAAUUCAAAGACUUACCUCUUGCUGCCAUUUUUUGGAGGUACCAACAAAGUGGAGGUACCAAAGUGAAGUUGCCUGCUGCAUCUUUACAAGCAAAGAUUUUAUGAAAAGAAGUGGAAAAACUGAAUGCAACUGCUAGCAUUUAAAUCAAGGACUGUGGCAUUGCAUGGCUGCUGUAGAUGCCUCCCUCUCCCUCUUUUUUUUUUUUUUUUUUUUUUUUUUGCUUCAUUGUAUAAAAGCUUGUGCAUUCCUCAGGACACCAAUCAUCCAAUCCACAGCACUGAGAUGAGAGAGGAGAUACUCUGCAAUUCAUCAACAGUCAACUGACACAUUGCAAGUUUGUCUCCUCGGGGUUUAUGAAGAUGAAGACUUGCAUCUGUCUCUAUGUGUGUGUGUGUGUGUGCGUGUGUGUGUGUGUGUGUCUGUGUGCACAAGUGUGUUAAACUUAAACUCCCUCCACUCCGAAGUGUAAUGUUAGGAGUGCAAUGACCACUCAGAGGCUGUGUAGCUGAUGAUUAGGAGAGGGAGAGAGAGAGGUAGGAAUCAGAGAAAGAGAGAGAGAGAGAGAGAACGCUAAUGGGGGUGUCUGCUUUAGUGCUCAUUAAAAAGAGUGUGCAUUUUUAAUAGCCAAUAUAAAUGAGCAUACCAUUUUUAUGGUCAUUCAAUUAUUGUCCAUUUAAGAGGAAGGGACUGAGCGGAGGCAGUUUUCCUCCAUAACUCCUUAAUAUUAGGGAGUGUUUCCGACACCGACACUUCUGACUUUGAAUUAGACUGACUCCAAAACAGUGGGAGUGGCAGGAGGAUGCUAGCUCAGCUGUGGAUUGCACAAAUUAAACUCCCAACAUGUGUACUUGCAAAGGAGAAUAUGGUACUGCUAAUGUUAGCCAGCAAAGAUGCAUCCUAAUUUCCCUUUAGGCAACAUUGAGUUUUUGGCUUGUCGAUCUUCUUAUCUAAUAUGUAAUGAAAGCUUUUGUGCCAAAAUCAUCUCAGCCUCUCUGGUAGACAGCAGCACACGAUACCUUAGCACAAGAAAUGGCCAAAGGGGUUGCAAUAGAAAUCAGAAGGUUCAAGAGAUGAUUAAUGGGAUAAGAGAAAAUCAAAACCAUAUUUCUUUUACACAAAAUUCUUUUCAUUUUUUCUGACUUUUCCAAUCAUAUCUUUGUUUUCCUGGUAAAACAGAGGAUAGUUUUUCCCCUUCAGGCCUGUAAAAGUUAUUCAAAUGAAACAGUUUGAGAAGGGAAAACCACUUUGGUUGAACUUCUCAUGACA